AGAAGGACCUUGAGAGGGAUGGAAUCUAGCCGCUACCUUUCCAGUACCUCUUUGUUCUGUUUGAUCGCUGCAGUCAUGUAGUUACCGUUGUACAGAACAAGCUGAUACUGUCUCAGCACUCAAUACGUCGGUUUCAUGUCUAAGUGUUACACAACAUCAUUGACCAUGAACAAGCUGCCUGAGCUGAUCCUGAAUCACAUCCUGGAGAUUCUCUACCUGCUGACGGGAGAGCGUGUGACUAACUCACUGACAGCGAGUCACAUGACCGGGGACAAGAUGACAACAGAGAGGAUACUGACCCACACCCUGCAGAUCAUGUACCUGCUGACAGGGGAGGUGCCUAUAAAGUGUGAUGAUGUUGCUGUGUAUUUGUCUAUGGAGGAGUGGGAGUAUAUAGAGGGACACAAGGAGCUUUACAAGGACGUCAUGAUGGAGACUCACCAAGCAGUAAGGACUAUGGAGAUCCCAGGAAAUGAGAGCUCAGGUCACAGUGAUGGAAAUCUAGACUCAGGAGCACAUGAAGAACUUGUACAGAAUAUUCAGCCAGUGGAGACACUAUCAGACAUGGCUGCAGGUGAAAACGAUACUAAGAUUUCACAUAAGACAGAAGAAACUAAAGAUGAGUGGCUAAGAAAUCUGCCUGAAGCUCCACAGCCGGAAAUGUGCAGCAAUAUUAAUACAGGUGAUGUUAAGACUGAAGUUACAUUUAAUGCUGAACAGACUAAUGAUCUGUAUGUAAACCAAAAACUGGAAGCUGUGAAGCAGGAAAUUAGUGAUAAUAUCAGUACAGGUGAAAAUUAUGCUAAAAUUUCAUGCAACACAGAACAAACAGAAGAUCAGUGGCUAAGAAAUAUAACAAAAACUGCAGAGCAGGAAAUAUGUACCAAUAUAAGUACAGGUAAAAACAAUGCUAAGAUUUCAUGUAACACGGAACAAGCAUCAGAUCAGUGGCUGAGAAAUAGACCAGAAGCUGCAGAGCAGGAAAUAUGUGAUAAUAUAGGUACAGGUGAAUUCGCAAACUGCAAUAAUCCUAGUCAUGAUCAGAGUGCAGAUGCUUCUUUACAUCUUCUUCAAAAUCAAAGAAGCCACGUGGGACAUUUAUGUUCUGAAUGUGGGAAAUGUUUUCUUAAGAAAUCGCAUCUUUUUAAACAUCUAAAAAUUCAUACAGGAGAAAAGGCAUUUUCUUGUUUUGACUGUGGGAAAUGUUUUACUCAGAAAUCAACUCUUAUUAGGCAUCAGAAAAUUCAUACAGGGGAGAAAAGAUUUUCGUGUUCUGACUGUGAAAAAUGUUUUGCUCAGAAAUCAAAUCUUAUUACGCAUCAAAAAAUUCAUACAGGGGAGAAAGAAUUUUCAUGUUCUGACUGUGGGAAAUAUUUUACUCGGAAAUCACAUCUUAUUAGUCAUCACAAAACUCAUAUUAAAAUAAAUCGGAGUUUAACCUCCUAAGUGCCGAGGGUGAUACGUAGUUGUCACCCACACAAUACCAAGUGUUGAUGAAUGCAUGUGACCCCCUGGGGCGUGCAGUUUUGGAGCGGUUUGAGGUCCCUUCUGCACCUCAAUCAUUUAUGAGUUGACCCCUGGGUGGAUUUGAUUUAAUUUAAGCCCAGUGUGGAAGUAAUGGAAGAACUUUUAUUAUUAUCUAAUAAAGGUUAUGUUUUAACUAUAGGAAUUUAACUCCACCUAGUGGUCAGGACAGAGAGUGCUGAUACCGCAUUCUUUCGUGGAAGUUCUUCUAUUACUUCCACACUGUGCUUUAAUCGACCAGUAAACACAGCAGAUUUGCAUAAUCAACAAAUGCAAGAUAACAAGACAAUACAAUAGCAUUUACUCUGAAUUUCAAAUGAGAAGUAGAUUCUUUUCUAACACAUUUAAAAGUUAUGUAUAUUUCCACUCCCCCUGUACCAUGUGAUAGCAAUCAGCCAAUCACAAAUGCAUAUACGUAUAGUCUGAGUUCUUGCACAUGCUCAGUAGGAGCUGGUGACUCAAAAAAAGUGUAAAUAUAAAAGUGCACAUAUUUUUUAAUGGAAGUAAAUUGGAAAGGUGUUUAAAAUUACAUGCUGUAUCUGAAUCAUGAAAAUUUAAUAAAACCUGAGUGUCCCUUUAAUAACACUGGAACUAAUCAGAAUCAACCAUUGCGUAUACACUGGGGAGUGUGUCUAAUCGUAGUGCCAUUGCUCUAACAGUUCUAAAUGGAUUUGAUUUAAUAACUAGUCAUUAAUAGCAAUUUAAAGAAUGUUUUUUGUCACGAGCAUCGGGCUGCAGGGGUUAAACCUCUACCACCUAUCACCUACCCCCUCUUGUUUCUCAGUGGUUUUGGGCUCCUCAGAGAAACCACAAUCUCCCAGAGCUUUGGUUUCUCUUGUUUUGUCUGUAAACUGAAUCUUGGAAAAAGCUGGCCUCUGACUGAUCUAUCGCUCUCUGGCCGGCCUACCGGCCGACCUCCUGAAACUGCCGGUCUGCCGCAUAAGCUAGGACUCCCUGUCCCCUUUUAACCCUGGUCAAUCCAGCUGCCCUUUGUCCCAGUGCUCCGAUCUUUUGGGGAUUGGUAGCCCCUAGGAAGGACAAGAGGUGGUGGAAUUGCCGGAGGGGUGAUCCUUGGGAAACUGGGGGUUUUGGACACCCCUAUACCCAUAACUUCAACAGACUGUAUCUCCUGUUCCCAGUAACGAAUCAUGCCGCUUUUUGGACUGUGGCAUCUGGGGACCAAGAGCUUUCAAAGGAAGUGCCACUGAUCCCCUGGGAUCAACUUAAAACCACUACCCCUGGGUCUCUGUGGGAUUGUGGAUUCUAUGGCAGGCGCCAGCCUGUCUGAAGGGGGAGGGAAUGGUUGGGAGAUAUGAAGGUCAGAUAAGGCUUAUUAUCAUGAUCAGUUUCUGUGUAAAUGUCGUGUUUCCCCUAAUAAAAGUCUUGUUUUCACCUGAA